AUGGCAUUUGAAAGACAAGGAAAGAUCGAAAAGAAGAUAUCGUAUUCCUUAUUUUUGAAUGGACCUAAUGUACACUUUGGGAGCAUCUUAUUCGGUGCAGUCGAUAAAAGUAAGUACGCAGAAGAGCUCUGCACACAUCCUAUGCGUCAAGCUUAUAAUACCCUUGAUUCAAACUCAAGAAUAAUUAUCACAGUACAGAGUGUUGCAAUUUUGGACGGCAAACUUGUAUGGUAA